AGCAGAAGCUCAAACAAAACAAUCAAUAUUUUCGUACUUUCGUAAUCAGUCUUUGGCGGUUCGCGAGUUUUAUCGUUGCAAAAAAAGUGAUUAUCUGGAUUUCACGGUGCAUUAAUUCCUGCCAGAAUUCACCUGAUAAGACCGAUAAGAUACAUACAAAAAUAGGUUUUCGCUCGAUGGCCCGCAUUGGCCAUUAGUCGUCGCGAAGUGCGUUUUGCGUUCGUACGUCUUCUGCAUUUUCAAUAGAAGUACAAGUAUAUGUCUAUUGCAUUUUCCGAUUGCGCAGUGUAAACAAAGGAUUCUUAUCCUGUUAGCGCGAUCGGACACCAGCUGAUCUUGAGCUUGAUCGCUCGAACGGAACAUUAUGAGUCAUUAGUGCGCAGCAGUUCGGGAUUCCACGAAAAAAAAAUAAUGUCCACUGGUCGGGUUUCCGUGUACAGUGAGCUAAGCGAGGGCAGUCGCCUAACGGUGCUUGUGAACGGAGAAUCGGCGGAAAAGAUCCUUCAAUAUGGAAGGAAGUUGAAAGUUUGCGGAGAGAACCAUCUGCUGUUGACGGCGGAUGGGAAGUUGUACCGAGGGGAGCAUCGCCUUCGCGACAAGGUGAUCGAGUUUCAAGUCCUGCGGGAGGGUGUGGCGGAUUUCGACACGGAGGGGAAUUGGAUUUACUUGGUGGAUGAGUCCGAUGGGACGGUGUUCCGUGGGAAGAAUGGUGCCAGUGAAGAGUGGGAACAACUGUUUGAGGGUAGUGCGGUAACGUUCGAGAAAAUUUGCUGCAACAACAAUGGGCUUCUGUUGACCAGUGCGAGUGGAAGUGAGCUGUUCGCUCAGGGGGAUUUCGGAAGUGUGUUAAAUUGCCAGGACCUGACUCCAGUGAAAGAUGUGGCCGCUGAAAAUGUAGUUCAAAUAUCUGCUGGAAUUGAUUUUGUGAUUCUGUCCAGCAGGAAAACGGACAAAGUGGUGAUCGAUAAUAAGAAAGAUCAGUUUUAUGAUCGAUAUUGCCUGGAUGAUGAGAAUCCUGGACGGUACGUAGAUUGGAAGAAUCUGUAUCGGAACACGAACAUCAGCUUCGAACGACCAGCAGGGUUGGACAUCAUUUACAAUGUCAACGUGGAUUGCAUUACCGUGUACGGGCAAAUGAUUCACGAAACUGGUGUGGCCUGCUUCGGAAAAGUCAACAAAGGUCAACUCGGCACCGGCGACCAAAUCCGACGGGACAAAAUCAUCCACCUCAAGUUGUUCAACGUUUCGAAGAUAGCCACCUGCUGCGACUACUCGUCGGCCCUAACCGUGGAAGGUCAACUGUACCUUUGGGGUGACAACAAUAAGAAUCAAGCCUCCCUGGACAGUAGCAGCCUCUUGCUGAAAACUGCCAGCACGCCAACGCUGUUCCACCGCUUCCGGAACAUUUUGGAUGUCGCGUCGGGAAACUUUGAAACCUACAUCGUUACGAAUGAUUUGCGUAUUCAUGAUGUUCGGAUGGAUGAUGUAAGCUUACACUACGAGUGCGCAGAUAGGAAGCGAUUGAUGGAGGUGCCUGAAGAUAUCGCUCUGGAUGAAUUACCCCUGAUAUUAGCUAGCGAUAGCCUCGUUAUCGUAAACCACCUUCCGCUCAAUAAAGACCUGCUCCGAAUCUACACCAAAGAACAAGCCACGGUUCAAAAUCUACUUAAGCAUUUCAAAGAGCACAACAUUGCUAAAAUAAUGAAAAACUCCUCCAGCGUGCUGGCGCCGCACUUUUUCUAUCGUUCGUGCACGCGACUGUUCUAUCUAAUGUUGCUGAAUUUGAAAUCUUUGUACAAAUUUGCUCUAGAUAACGAUAUCACGAAAAUUAUGUCGCUUUUGCUGCACGAAGAGUUCCAUUUCCUGUACAGGCAGAUCGUCAAGUGCUACAGCGACAGCGACUGUCUCGGGCUGAUGCACGAACCGGAACUGAAGCUGCUCCAAAUCUAUCUGGAUAAUGUGAAGAACGUCAUCGAACUGAGUGAAAUUCUAGUCAAUUCGAGCAAAACGCUGAGCGAACCGGUGGAAACCCGGCUGCUGAACGUGAAAAGCGAGUGGCUCCGGUUCCUGAACGAGGAAGUCACCGAAGAGAUGGGCAAGCUCACGAAAGCGACCAAAGCAUUUUGGCUCAAUGAGGAUAACCUACGGUGGUACGCCCUGCGGGAAUCGCAUCGCAGGGUCGUACUGGAUUCGAUGGAAGUACCCCUCAAACUGCUGGAAGUCAACAUAUUUUUCUCCUCGCCGCGGAUCGUCCUAUUCUCGGACUGUCUGGCGUACCUGUCCGGGACGCAAAUCGUAGAAUACCCGCUGGAUUUGAUUUGGAUCUCGGCGGAAAUCAAGGAAACGUUCAAAAACAAACACCGGGAAAAGCUUAGGUUCAUGAUAAGCGUCAUCACACCGGAGGAGAACCUACGCUGCUACACGAUGAACUCGGAAGAUAAGAUGGUUUGGCUGAACGAGCUCAAACGGCACGUGAUGAAGGUCCUGAAAAAGGACCCCACGUCGAAGCAGCCCAUGUAUCGGUACAGCUCGUACCGGUUCAGCGAUAAGCACGCCAAGUACGGCGGAAUGGAGUACUACGGCUUGUGGAAGGUUGGUCAAAUUGAUGGAAUCGGGCAGCUCAAGGGGAAGGACCGUUCGUACCGAGGCGAGCUGUACCAUGGGGACAUCACUGGGUGUGGACGCAUGAAUCGUACCCUGUACGGGAUCGAGACGGUUUAUGAGGGUCAACUCGGCACCGGCGACCAAAUCCGACGGGACAAAAUCAUCCACCUCAAAUUGUUCAACGUUUCGAAGAUAGCCACCUGCUGCGACUACUCGUCGGCCCUAACCCUGGAAGGUCAACUGUACCUUUGGGGUGAUAACAAUAAGAAUCAAGCCUCCCUGGACAGUAGCAGCCUCUUGCUGAAAACUGCCAGCACGCCAACGCUGUUCCAUCGCUUCCGGAACAUUUUGGAUGUCGCGUCGGGAAACUUUGAAACCUACAUCGUUACGAAUGAUUUGCGCAUUCAUGACGUUCGGUUGGAUGAUGUAAGCUUACACUACGAGUGCGCAGAUAGGAAGCGAUGGAUGGAGGUGCCUGAUAAUAUCGCUCUGGAUGAAUUACCCCUGAUAUUAGCUAGCGAUAGCCUCAUUAUCGUAAACCACCUUCCGCUCAAUAAAGACCUGCUCCGAAUCUACACCAAAGAACAAGCCACGGUACAAAAUCUACUUAAGCAUUUCAAAGAGCACAACAUUGCUAAAAUAAUGAAAAACACCUCCAGCGUGCUGGCGCCGCACUUUUUCUAUCGUUCGUGCACGCGACUGUUCUAUCUAAUGUUGCUGAAUUUGAAAUCUUUGUACAAAUUUGCUCUAGAUAACGAUAUCACGAAAAUUAUGUCGCUUUUGCUGCACGAAGAGUUCCAUUUCCUGUACAGGCAGAUCGUCAAGUGCUACAGCGACAGCGACUGUCUCGGGCUGAUGCACGAUCCGGAACUGAAGCUGCUCCAAAUCUAUCUGGAUAAUGUAAAGAACGUUAUCGAACUGAGUGAAAUUCUAGUCAAUUCGAGCAAAACGCUGAGCGAACCGGUGGAAACCCGGCUGCUGAACGUGAAGAGCGAGUGGCUCCGGUUUCUGAACGAGGAAGUCACCGAAGAGAUGGGCAAGCUCACGAAAGCGACCAAAGCAUUUUGGCUCAAUGAGGAUAACCUACGGUGGUACGCCCUGCGGGAAUCGCAUCGCAGGGUCGUACUGGAUUCGAUGGAAGUACCCCUCAAACUGCUGGAAGUCAACAUAUUUUUCUCCUCGCCGCGGAUCGUCCUAUUCUCGGAUUGUCUGGCGUACCUGUCCGGGACACAAAUAGUAGAAUACCCGCUGGAUUUGAUUUGGAUCUCGGCGGAAAUCAAGGAAACGUUCAAAAACAAACACCGGGAAAAGCUUAGGUUCAUGAUAAGCGUCAUCACACCGGAGGAGAACCUACGCUGCUACACGAUGAACUCGGAAGAUAAGAUGGUUUGGCUGAACGAGCUCAAACGGCACGUGAUGAAGGUCCUGAAAAAGGACCCCACGUCGAAGCAGCCCAUGUAUCGGUACAGCUCGUACCGGUUCAGCGAUAAGCACGCCAAGUACGGCGGAAUGGAGUACUACGGCUUGUGGAAGGUUGGUCAAAUUGAUGGAAUCGGGCAGCUCAAGGGGAAGGACCGUUCGUACCGAGGCGAGCUGUACCAUGGGGACAUCACUGGGUGUGGACGCAUGAAUCGUACCCUGUACGGGAUCGAGACGGUUUAUGAGGGUGACUUUUUCGACGGCAAGUACAACGGCUAUGGGAAGCUCAAGAAUGCCCCGGGUACAGGAUCAGCGCAGCAGUAUUUCAAAUACCAGGGAUACUUCAAAGAUGACAAGUACAGUGGCUUCGGAACGCUGACUACCAGUUCGUACCAGUACAAUGGGGAUUUCGUAAAUGAUCUCAAGGAGGGUUUCGGGGUAGUGGAAGACAGCAUAAACGGGGUGAAGUACAUCGGAAUGUUCGCCAACGACAAAAAGUACGGAAACGGGAUUCUGAUAACGACCAAUGGAACGUACUACGCGGGACUGUUUGCAAACGACGUACUAUCCAAUUCGGCGGGUGGAUUGGCUAUUUUCCCCAGUGGGAUAUAUUAUAAGGGGGAGUUGACGAUCGAUGGUCCCAAUGGGAAGGGUACUUUUUACUAUCCUGAACGGGAAGUCGAAUCGGAAUCGUUCGAACUGGACGACACCAAUACCAAAAUGAGUGGCCAUACUAUGACGGGGACAUUUGCGGGUACGUGGGAGAAUGUAAGGAUAUCCAAUGGCAGCAUGGCUAUGAAUCAACGCUUCAACAAGGUUCCGAUCUUGGACCUUAAGAUCAACGCCGAACGAAAAUGGGCUUCCAUCUUCUCCUGCUUCCUUCAGUCGGUGUUCGGUACCAGUGAUAUAAGUAAAAUCCGUUCGAUGGAUGUCAAAAGAAUUUGGAACAAGAUAGCAAUCUACAUCAGCCGGGCGAAACGGAAAGAGCAACUUAAGUCAAAUAACUUCGAAACCAAAAUAGCGGAAUUCAACGAGAACUCGGCGGCUGAAAUCUGUCAAAGCGGUUUCCGACUAACCACACUUUCGGCCACAUCGCUACGAUCCAGUAUAUCCGAUUCCAAACUGUCACUUAACACCACGCCAAACGGCACGCUCAAUGGAGACACUCUGGCGGCACUGGACAACAUCUCCGUCCGGAGUUUUUCGUCAAUCACUUCGCGGGAGUACGACGACGACUUCAUGUUGAAUCCUUCCGGAAACCAGAGUCGGACGUCGCCCUUCCGAGAUCUGGACAUAAUUCCGGAUUUUUGCAUCACUUCGCUCAACCAGCAAGGGCUGGCCCUGCUGCGAGAUUACCUGGGUGAGGCGUUCCGGAACCAGCACCACCCGUUGCAUCAACUGUUCGAGAAGCUUUCCAGCUGUUUCUACUCUACGUACAGCUGCUGGAAGUUUACACCGAAUUCGAUUCUCUGUGAACCGGCCAUGAACGAGUGGAUCUCCAUUGUCAGUCGGAUCUACACGCUGGUGGUGACGGUUAUGUUUCCAGCGUUGCCAAAGGAUUCCACGGUGGUAGAUGGGGAACUGCUGUCAUACCAAACUCUGCUGUAUCCAAUACUUAUGACUCAGGGUAUAUAUUCGGCAUUAUUUGUGCUGUACGCGAGCAAGUGCAGCAAAAACGACGAAAUUUACCGACAAAGGAUAUUGAUCUGCGAGAAAAAGACGGACGAAAAUUUGAUACAAUUGCUGGACAUUAACAGAGAGCUCAUUCCAAUAAUUCAGAGUUCACUCUACCAGCAAGCAAUCGAAAGUCUAAACCGCUUCAAGGAAAAGUGCUGCCCAAGUGAGAUGAUGAAACAUAUCAAUGAAGCGUUCGAGUUGGUCAACGAUGCCAGCCGACAGUACGACUCCACGUUCAGUAUUGCAGCGGAUAGCUUACUGGAGCUGGCCAUCCUGCUCAUCAUCAAAGCCAACAUACCUCAACUGGGGGCGGAAAUAAGCCUGCUGGAAGACCUGAUGCAGAACGAUGCCUACGGAGGGGACUACCACAGCAGCACCCAGAACGACUACUGUCUUACCACGCUGAAGGCGUCCUACCAGCAUAUCAUUAGCGAUAACUUCUUCGUCAAUAAAAUUUUCGACGGAGGAAGUCCGUAAAACGGAGUUGGAAAUUGCAUGCUCUGUUAGCGGAGUCCUAUAAUAUACUAGUUUGUUUUGUGUCGAAAAUACUCUGUGAUUUGUACGCCAUUCCCUGUACAAGAACGCCACGAGUCUGCUUAGGUAGGUUUGGUUUUUUAAAGUAAGGUUUUCAAGUCGACCAUAAUUUUGCUCAUAGUUUUUUUUAUUUUGCUUUUUAUUUUUAAAGAAACUAAAAGCAAUUGUUCGUGAAAAGUACUACUUCAUGAAAAUAUAAAGAAAUAUUUAUGCAAUGUUUAGUGUUGAUAUCGAUUGAGAUGCUUUAAAAAAAAUAAAAAAGAUGCGAUUUCCUGCUAUUACCAGUGAAAAAAUAAAAGUUAUUUAUGUACGAAUACUAUA